CAUUAAGUUAUUUUAUUUUCAUAAUAUCUAGGCAUUGAUUGUUAUUGUAAUUUAUUGUAGUAUUUGCGGAUUUGUUAGUCAUGUUUUGAACCAUACCGCUAUUAGUGACCAAAAAGAGGAUAAUCACUGAAAACAACAGAACAAUCGAACAUCAGAGGCUAUUAAAUACGACUACAAUAUGGUAUCCUCAGCCCUUACUAUUCAAGACAUUCUUCCUUUUAGAGCCAACAAUAAGAAAGUUGACAUGGAUGCAUUUUUGCCGUUUAUUGUUUUGCCAUUCCUACUACUUAUAGCCACUAUAUCUCGAACGAUUACUAUAAUAAUUAUGGUGGUAAUUGGUAUGGGUGUUUUGUAUGUGUAUACCAGACCACGACAAAAAAAUAGAUCACCAUUUUUCUUCUCUUGGACAAUGUCCUCAGCAGUAACUAUGUUCCUGGUGUUUGAAAUUAUAAUUCUGGGUCUGCUUGAGGUCACUCAACUGGAGAACUUCAUAUUUCUGCUAUUAUUAGCAUGCACAUGUUACUUUUUUUAUAAAAUGAAGGCAAUCGCAGAUUUUGAACUAGCGACUGGUUCUUCGAAAGGCAAAGAAUAUAGCCCAGUACUAACUUCUGAUUCAUACUACUGCCAAGUAUGCCAAAUAGAAGUCAACGAAAGAUUCUUUCAUUCAAUAUGGUGGGACUGUUGUGUUUUGAGGCCUAAUUACGUGUAUUUCCUGGCUGGUCAGAUAUGUGCAUUUGCAACACUUCUAUUUGGAACCAACUUAGGCCUGACGACUGUGUGCCAACCAUUUAUUUUUUAUGGAUUAAUAUUAUUGCCGGAGGAUUGUAAUGAUGCAUAUUAUGAGUUUGACUUAUCACUCGGUUUUGUGACCUGUGUGUAUGGUGUUGGAUACCUUUUUGUUAUUGCUUUAGUUCUAAUAAGACAACUGCUCAUCUAUUUACCAAAAUACAGUGAACCCCAGUGGCGAAAACUUGUUAAUGUCUUAAACGUGUGAAGUGGACAGAAAAUUGAAUUGAAUGUCGUCGUGCCGUCUGAAUUUGUUAUAAAUCGAUUUGGCUUUGGCUAUGAAUUUAAAUGAAUAGUUAAAAAAAACACUUAAACUAUGACAUACUCGGAUUUCAAAUAAUAAAUAGUAAAAUAGGCUCAAUAAAAUAGGUUUACUAUGUAGAAAUUUGUAAUUCAGGAAAAACGAAACGUAGCAUUUUCCAGGAUAAAGUGUUGCUUGAGCCGCUGCCUAGACAAUAACUACCGAUUCUUUGUUACGUCAAACAUACAGCGAACAACCCGUUGUAUUUAAUACAGAAGUUAAUAUACCCGUAGUUUCCCGGAUGUGGUCAUUACCACGAUAAAGCAAUACCCGCGUGAAGUUGGAAGAGCCCCUUAGGCUAACAACGAUUAGGUUUUUUUUUUAUUGCCCUUGUAGGCAGACGAGCAUACGGCCCACCUGAUGGUGAGUGGUUACCCUCGCCCAUGGACUUCAGCAAUGCCAGGGACAGAGCCUAGCCGCUGCCUACAGGUAGGGGAAAAAAUCAGUACCUAUCCGACGUGCUAAUUCAGAUUUCUAUCUCAGCAAAUUUUGAUCAAAACAUAAAGCUUCACAUUUAUAUAGUUUAGCGUAUAGCGUGAUUAAUCAAAUCCCAAAAAUUUUCUAUGUUAUCUAACUUGCAUGCAUUAACACGUAAUA